AUGGACGUUGAUUUCCAGCCAUUCGCCCUCCCAGAUCCCGAUCCAGUCGAUAUCCCACCUGUGGAUGACGUUCUUGCUAUCCCUCACUUCCACGACAUGAUCAUAUACGGCCAACCCGUGGGUGAGCACGUUGUAGCGUUUAUUCCUAUACCGCUCGCUGUUGUAGGUCCGGAGGACGGUGAUGUCGUUCCUCCUGUUGUUGAUCACAUCCUUGAUGAUGAUGAUGAGGACAUCGUCAUUCCAGUCGUUCAGGUCGAGCACAUAGAUGAUGAUCUCGGCAUUGGUGUUGAUUUCGCUAUUGCUAUACUGGAGGUUGCUCAUCCCGAGUCUCCUGCUUCACCUCUGACACCAUCUCCGGUUCACUCGCCUAAUACAGUGUUACCUCCACCUUCGGAGGCGUUGCCUUUCCAUGUCGAUCCCAUUCUACCUACUACACUUCCAGAUUUCCAUCCGAUCAUUGCUCCUGUUGUUGGACCAUCUCAUUACUCACUGGGUGGUACAUCUAUGCCUGAUGAGCAUCUACCGCCACAUCCAUUUGUCGGAUCUUUUGCUACCUCUGUUACAUCGACUGUCAGUUCUCACUAUGACCCGUAUGCUGCUGGGCAAUCUCACACUGCUCCUAGUUACCCUGUGGCGGGGUAUUCUUCGCAGACCUCAUUUCCUAUGGUUGGAGAUCCAUAUCAUGUCACUACAUCUAUGCAUAGUACCAUUACUUAUCCAUCUCCGUACUUUUCAGAUUUUCAUACACAGCCACCACCGGGCAUGCGCCCGUUUGAUCCGUACCAUCCGAGUCAUUUGCCUCCAUCCACUACUGAGUUUAGACUCACAUCAGUCGAGAUCCAGCUCGGCAUUGUUUUCAGUCGUCUCCGUGAGCUUAAUGCUCAGCUGCCUGUUUCCCGAGCACCUACGAGUGCCGCUCCAUCAUCAUCCACAUUGCCACCAUUACCUACAUCAUCCCCUCCUCCUCCUCCACCACCAUUACCGAUGUCACCACCACCAUUAGCGAUGUCACCACCACCACCAUCUCCACUAGUACCGUCAUUUCCACCACACCAUGCCACACCUCUGUCUAUUGAGAGGCGCGUUAGCGCCAUAAAAGAGGAGAUGGCUUUCUUUCGAGGGGUCAUUGGUGCGUCUUGA